AUGAGCAAAACAUUUACCCAAAUAUCUGAUGAUCCCAAACCAUUUACACUCGAAAAUGGAAAAUGGUUAUUUCGGAUUUGGGGUGCACAAGGUGGCAUCCUUACCAAUCAAGAUUGUUGCAAGGGAGCAUAUUCUGAAGGCAUAUUCAUUGCAGAAACAUCUGUUACACUAUACUACUUCGUUGGUUCCAAGGGAAGUUGCUCCACUUCAAAACUUCUAACAACAAAAUUUCAAGGAGGAAGUAAUGCCAUUGGCUCCAAAUAUUGGAAAUCAUGUACAGGUGGAUCUGCAACAUUUAUUAGUCGCGAUAAAGAGGCUACCAAACUCCUACUAAUUUCAGGUGCCGGCGGAGGAAUGGGUUCACCAAGUACUUUUUAUGGUGGCAUUGGAGGUCCUUUUGCGGGUGAUGGUCACGGGCAAGCAAGUAUGAUUGAAGUAAGUAAAGCAAUAUUAUCUAGAGGAAAAGGAGCUACUUAUUCUCGACCAGGAGAUGGUGGAUAUUACGCAGGGACAAAUACUUAUUCUGCAUGCAAUGCAACAACUGGAAAUUUUUUGAAAGGUGGUGAUGCGAAAUCCUCUGCUGCGGGAUCCUCAGGCGGCGGCGGAUCUGGUUAUUAUGGGGGCGGUGGCGGUGCUGAUAUAGCAGGUGGAGGAGGUGGAAGUAGCUAUGCUUCUCCUGAUCUCUAUAACGUAAUUUUACUCGGUGGAGAUAGACCGUUUAAAUCUCCAUCUGGGUCUAUUGAAACCGGUCAUACAGGUGAUGGCUACAUCAUCAUUGAACCAACUAAUCCAUUUACCAUUGAUCGCCCAAAAGUUAUAUGUGAUGUUAGCAAAUACUGUUAUUGUCAUUUUAACUUUGCAUAUUAUAUCGUUUUUACCUUUAUUGAUAAAAUUAUUCCUCUUGGAUUGUUCUGA